AUGUCGAGAGCUAUCAACAACGAGUAUAUCUACAUGCCGGAGGGAGUCUCCGAAUUCCCCGCCACCUCUGGUAUUACCGCCCAGGAUCUGCCUAAGCUGCGCCCCUCCGUGGCCCAGACACCAACCGAGCAGGGCUCGACUUCGACCAAGAAGGUUCGCAACAGGGAUGCUAAAGCCUUCAACGAGGAUAGAGCGCGAUUUGAUGGCGACCUUGGCUGCUUUAUCACUGGAUACACCUGCCUUACUCUCGAAACGGUGCACAUUAUAAACGCUGUUCGCGAUAAAACGGAUCCAAACCGGCUGCUCAGAGUGCUUCAUGUUUUAGAAAAUGUGUUGGCUAUUGUGCGUCGACCAAAGGGCCUCACGCUAGAGAGCCUAGAGAACAUGAUUCUUCUACUUCCUGCGUACCACCGGCACUUUGACAAAUACGCUACUUACGCGAUUACGUUAAGCAAGGAGUCACUACAAGGGGUGAUUGAAAUAUUGAAGGCGGUCAAUAGGGCUUAUAUCUCAUUGGCGGAUCGGACAGAUCUUCCGCCAACGAUUCAGUUACCACUAUCGCUACUGCAGUGGCUCACUAGCGCCCUGGUCCGUGUAAAAUUCGACCUCAUCCUUCUCCAUCCCGCGCUCUUCCUCCCACGUGGUCAGCGACUCAGCACCCUCAAAACCUUUGAACCGCCAACAUACGCCGACUGGACGGUCGUCGAUCGCGAACUCCGUGAACAGAACUCCGCGUCCGACUCCACACCCUACCCUCCCUUUUCCUACACCCACCGCAAAAAGAACAUGUUCGACCAAGUGAACCCAUUCUUUCUCAUUCUCAAUGCGGGGCAGAAGCUUAGGUGUCAUGAAAGGAAACAUGGCUUUGAUCUUCUGACAGACCGCCAACGCGAGCUCGCGCUCCUUACCCUCGAAGCUUACGACCUAAUCCACUACCGCCCGCUGACUUUCACGCCUCAACCCCCUCCGACAGCCGCUCUGAGCAUGCCCUCUCCCCUGCCUCAGACAGGCGGGUCCCGACAGGUGCCCAGCACUUCUCCAACAAUGCAUGUUCACGCCAGCGUGAUGCCCGCUAGUGUGGAUGGGAAUGGGAUGGCUGUGAAUAGCAUGGACGAGGACGAUGAGGAGAGAAGGGACAGCGGAUCGGGGAGUGAUAGAGAGCUGCUCAGUCCGGAGGAAUCUGACAUGAUCUUGGCUAAGUUUAUUGACCCAAAUACAACACUUGAGGAAAGGAAGAACCUCGGAGAUCUAUUAUUUGACGGUGCAAGGCCCUACCGCCCUUUUCCUGUGGUGCCCGGGGUGGAGUUACCCGAAGAGCCCAGUCUGUUUGGUCGCGGUGGGCAAGAGCCGUAA